CUAUAUGCCGAUGAAAUUUGUUGAUUUCAUUUGUAAAUAUCUCCGAAGAGAUAUUACUCGAGGUGUUCGUCAGAACGAACUAGACCUCUUGGCAAAAAGUAUUCGAAAUUUACAAAUCGAAACUAUGCACACAGGUCGGCGAAUAUUCUAUCGAUUUCAUGGUUUUGGCCGUCCGGCCGAUCAACUUAAAUUUCGUCGUAACGAAAGCGAAGACACAGCAAGUGUGGGUGAGGAAAUCUCUGUGGCGCAAUAUUUUGCUCAACAGCACAAAAGAAAAUUGAUGUUCCCAAGCUUGCCCUGUAUUAAUGCAGUAAAGGGAAACCAAAAUAAACCAAACUGGUUACCCAUGGAAAUGGCUUCUAUCGUAGAGUGGCAACGUGCAGUACGACCAUUAGAUAAAACACAACGGGGUGCUGUUUCAAAGAAUUCCAUUCUCAGACCCGAUCAACGCUACGAAGAGAUCAUGAAAAUUGUGCGAAAUAAUCAAUUUGAUAGAGAUCGUUAUCUCCGUGAAUUGAAUAUACAAGUGCACGAUAAGGAGAUGCUGAAAGUAAAAGCACGAAUUAUCACACCACCUAAAAUAACAUACCGUCAGCGAGGGCGUGGCGAAAUACCUGAAUCUAUUCAGGGUGGCCAAUGGCGUAUUCGAAAUUGGUUUAUGUCAACACCACCUAUCAAUAAUUGGGGUAUAAUCUAUUUUGGUGACACACCGGAUAGAAAUG